ACUUGCAGCCUCCAGGAGGAGAUGCCAUGACCUUCACCUUCACAGCCCUGCUCUGUCUGGGACUGGCUCUGGGCCUUGGGACACCAGUGCUGGCAGGAACUCUCCCUAAACCUAUCCUCAGCAUACAGCCAGACUCUGUGGUCACUGAGCAGACUACAGUGACCUUCUUGUGUGAAGGAACCACAGGAGCCAAAGAGUACCUUCUGUAUAAAGAUGGAUACAAAUAUUUAACACACAAAGGCAUUCCACAGAAUACUACAGACAAGGCUAAAUUCUCAAUCCCAAAAAUAGGCCAGGAAGAAGCAGGGAGAUACCAAUGUUGCUAUCAGACCAGUGAUGGAUGGUCAGAGUACAGUGACUCUCUGGCGCUGGUGGUGACAGGGGCCUACAGUAAGCCCACCCUCUCAGCCUUGCCCAGCCCUGUAGUGAUUGAGGGAGGAAAUGUCACCCUCCAGUGUGUCUCAAGUCAACGAUAUUGCAAGUUCAUUCUGACUAAGGAAGGAACACGGGAGCGCUCCUGGACACAGAACUCACAGUAUAACCACUCUACUCGGCAGUACCAGGCUCGUCUCCCUGUGGGUCCUGUGACCUCCAGCCAAAGGUGGACAUUCAGAUGCUACAGCUUUAAUAACAACAGCCCACUGGUGUGGUCAGAACUUAGUGACCCCCUGGAGCUCCUGUUCUAUGGGUCCCUCCACAAACCCACCCUCAGGGCUGAGCCAGGCCCUGUCAUCGCCUCAGGAAGAUCCAUGAACAUCUCCUGUCAGGGGACCCUGGAUGCAGAAAUGUGUUUUCUGCAUAAAGAGGGUACACAGACCACAAACGAGCUUGGGAACAAGUGCACACGCUCCAUUCCUUCUGUGGCACAGCAACAUGCAGGACAGUAUCGCUGUUACUGUUACAGCUCAGCUGGCUGGUCAGAGCGCAGUGACACCCUGGAACUGGUGGUGACAGGAAUGUACAAUGAUAACCCCUUCCUGACAGCACUGCCCAGCCCUGUGGUGACCUCAGGAGGGAACAUGACUCUGCGGUGUGUCUCACUGUAUGGAUAUGACAAGUUCGUUCUCACCAAGGAAGAUGAGAAAUUCUCCAGCUCCCUGGACUCACAGUAUAUAGGCAAUGGCCACCAAGCCACAUUCUCUGUGGGCUCUGUGACCCCUGUCCACAGCGGAACAUUCCGAUGUUAUGGUUACUUAAAGAACACCCCACAGUUGUGGUCAGUACCCAGUGACCCCCUGAAAAUACACAUCUCAGGCCUGUCGAAGAAGCCCUCCCUGCAGACUCAGCAAGGCCACAUCCUGGACCCUGGAAAGAGCCUCACCCUGCAGUGUUGCUCUGACAUCAACUAUGACAGAUUUGCUCUGUACAAGGUGGGGGGAACAGACUUCACCCAGCAUCAUGGCCAGAGGACCCAGGCUGGCCUCUCAGUGGCAAACUUCACACUGGGCUCUGUGAGCAGAACUACCGGUGGCCAGUACAGAUGCUAUGGUGCACACAACCUCUCCUCUGAGUGGUCAGCCUCCAGUGAUCCCCUGGAUAUAUUGAUCUCAGGAGAGAUUCCUGCAACUCCUUCCCUCUCAGUGAGGCCAAACUCCACAGUACAGUCUGGAGAGGACGUGACCCUGCUGUGUCAGUCAACAAACAAAGUGGACACUUUCAUUCUGUCCAAGGAGGGAGCAGCACACCAACCCCAGCGAAUGAAAUCAAAGUCCCAAGAUUGGGGGUUCCAGGCUGAAUUCUCCAUGAGUGCUGUGACCUCUGCCCUCUCAGGCACCUACAGGUGCUAUGGUUCUCGAGAUUCAUCUCCCUACCUGCUGUCACAUGCCAGUGCCCCUGUGGAACUCUCUGUCUCAGGAGAGGUGACCCUGAACUCUACAGGCCUGGAAAGGUACCUGAAGGCUCUGAUCGGAGUCUCUGUGGCCUUCCUCCUGUUCCUCUUCAUCCUCAUCUUCCUCCUCCUCCGACGAAAGCAGCAGGGAAAGUUCAGGAAGGAUGCCCAGAAAGAGACAGAACUGCAACUUCCUGCAGGAGCUAUAGAGCCAGUAAUCAGACACAGAGGCCGCCAGAAGAGAUCCAACCCAGCUGCUGCCACCCAGGAAGAAAGUCUUUACGCUUCAGUGGAGGACAUGAAACCGCAGGAUGGUGUUGAGGUGCACAGUUCGGCUGCUGAAUUCGAAGGGUCCAAGGAUGUGGUCUAUGCCAAGCUGUCACUCAGACAGGGAACCCCUGUGCCUCCUCCCUCCCAGGCUGGAGAAGCCCCAAAGGAGACCACUGUAUAUGCUGCUCUGGUCAUUGCUCGACCAGGUCCUGUUCCCAAUAACAAGAAAAAUGACCCUCUGCCUGGAGGCCAAUGGAGACCUCCAAAGGGAUUCUGUGAACUUUAAGGAACUGGGUUGCAUUUUAACUAACAUCAUAUACUUGGAAAUAAAACACAUUUCUCAAUAA